GAGGGAGAGGAGGAGGAACUACUGGAGGAAAAAAAGUUAAAGUAAAAAUGGCUUCCUUGUGUUUGGAGUCUACAGAACAAUCCGAGAACAGCCCAGAAGAGCCGACGGCCACGGAGUCCAAAGAAGAUAAAGAUCCGGUGCACAUUUCGGAACAGUUGCUCCAAAGUUUCCAAAACUCGUCUUUGAGUUUUUCCACUGACCAAGUAUCAUGUCUGUGCGAGGCCCUUCUGCAGGCGGGCAAUGUGGAUCGCCUGUGGAGAUUUCUUUCCACCAUACCUCCUUCGUCCGAGCUGCUACGUGGCAACGAGACCCUGCUGAAGGCCCAGGCACUGGUAGCUUUUCACCGGGACGAAUUCAAGGAGCUGUAUGCCAUCCUGGAUAGCUACCCCUUCCACCCGUCUAACCAUGGGUUCCUGCAGGACCUGUACCUGAAAGCCCGCUACAAGGAGGCGGAGAGGUCGAGGGGCCGCUGCCUGGGCGCAGUGGACAAGUACCGGCUGAGAAAGAAGUUCCCCCUGCCCAAAACCAUCUGGGACGGAGAGGAGACCGUGUACUGCUUUAAAGAAAAGUCCAGAAAUGCACUGAAAGAGUGCUAUAAGAGCAACAGGUACCCAACUCCGGACGAGAAGAAAAACCUGGCCAAAGUAACCGGACUGUCUCUCACCCAGGUCAGCAACUGGUUCAAGAACCGCAGGCAAAGGGACAGGACACCGUCCGGGACACACAGCAAAAGUGAAUCUGAUGGGAACCACAGCACCGACGACGAGGGGAGCCCAAUGGACGACGGCCCUGACAAACCAGAGGAGGUUUCAAGCUCCACAGCCUCCAUCAUCUCUCUCUCUGCCGUCCCCUGCAGCACCGGAGGCCAGCUCAUCCUCAACGGGUCCGGUGGCUUCCUCACAGCCUCUCAGCCGUUACUACUUAAUGGAAAUUCCCUCCUCUCCAGUACUGGUGCUGGUGUCAUAAUUAACGGGCUAAGCUUGGGCGAUUGCCAGACAGUCACACUGAGUCCUGUUGCAUCCAACUCUCCUUUGAUUAUGAACGGGGCUCAGGUUAUAACCAAAUGUAGUUUGCAGCAGCAGCAAGCCGUUUCUAUCACACCGCAGGAGGUUUUGUCCAUGGAGGCCAAGCCGAGCAGUCUUCUUAGCACUAACACCUCACCAGUCUCCAUCAUCUCUCUUCCCCUGCAAACCAAAACAGACAGCGGCAAUGCAAUGGAUUUCAUCAGCAUCCCUGAAUCAGAGGGCAGCAUCCAGACAGUAUCUUCGUCUUCUUCAUCUUUAUCUCCUUCCUCACCAACUCUUUCCUCACCCACCAGUCUCCCGGCACUGGUCUUAGCACAAAACACCCAGCGCCAAGAGUCUCUCCCGGUCUCCAUGUCGUCCGCAGGCAUGGUGUUCUCCAGUUCUUCCUUGCCCUUCUCCAGUCAGCAUGGGGAGUAUGUUGUUUUUGCCACCGCUGGCUCCCACUUGAACCCUUCUAGCUCUUUGGUUUCCAGCAGCAGCUCUUCCCCUCAGGUCUUCUCUCUGCCCCAGGUUGUGCCUUCCAUCCAGGGUAUACCAGUGUCCCAGCUGGUGCAGCACUCUUCAGGAGCCACAGUGUCCCAAUGCCCUCAGUUGGUCCCAGUUUCCCCCCUCACCUCGCCAGCUCCUCAGAUCCUAAACCAGGCAGUGAACACUAGCACCAGACUGCAACAGGAUGCUUUAACAACUAUGCCUGAAGCUGCAACCACUAUAGUCUCUAUCUCGCAGCUUAACAAUCAUCUCCAACAGCGAACGCCAUACCUGUUGGGGGACCAAAUCACAAACUCCUCUCCAAGCAAAAUCCAAGUCCCACAUGUUAUAUCCAUAUCUCCCCCGACACAAGUAAUCCCCAAAGGCACCACAGCAGCACAGUUGGUCCCCCUCUCCAUGCCUCAGCUGGUCCCCGUCUCCCCCAUUCAAACUUCCUCCACCAUCUCUUUCCCCCAAGUUGUUCCUGCCAGUCCUUCUCUGUCCAUCCCCUCUGCCGGAGUGCCCUUGCAGAUCCUGACCUCUGCUCAUGCAGGAGUCGCUCAGGGGCCUCUUAGGAUAAACCAGCUGAGGCCCCUACCGAAUGCGGGUCCCCAAACUGGAAUGUCCCCGGGUGUGCAGCUCCUCAACUCUGGGAUCAUACAGCUGCCCUCUGCUGCUCCAGGUAACCUUCUCCUUGGUGGGGGCCCUUACCUGAGUGUCCACGAAGGCAAACUGAUUCUGACCAUCCCAGCCGGCAUUCAGCUCACCAGCCUGCCUCUUAAACCGGUCCCAGAAGCGUCACCCAUCUCUGCUAAUGGACUGAGUCCACUUCUCAUCCCCACCACCCCUCCUGUAGUCUCAUCCACCUCAGGCCCUGCCCCCCUCACAUCAUCAACCCUAAACUUUAUCAACUCAUCUCCACCAUACUGUGCUCCAGAGAGGGGGUCACCCUCCAUCCAGGCUUUAGAUAAUUCAGUCACCUCUACAGCGUCAAACACUCUCACUCCAGAAAGUAUGCUUACCCUCAGUCCCAUGUACAGUGGGGGGACACCCAACAUCCAGCUGUCCCAGCCAGCAUGGAGCCCCGUGCCCCUCUCCACGUCAGCCAGUCUAACUCUGUUUGAUGUCCGCGGCAAGGGGGACCUACCGGUAGACCCGGCGCUGUUGGGGCUUCCUGGAGGAGAGUCGCUUCUCCUGGGAAGCCCCUCACCGGAGCAGGAUUUGGAAACCAGCUCUGCUCUAGGGAAUCCAGAGGAGAUGGAUGGGGACACCAAAAUACUCACUCAGCUGCAGUCCGUCCCUGUGGAUGAUGACCUGGGCUUGUAGUCUGUUUCCACUGCUGGAUGCAACCCUGUGUCUGUAAAAGAACAGAAAGUAUAAAACAUACAGCAGAUAGAACAAUCUAUAAAGGCCAAAUGUUAUUUUUACAAAACGUUCAGGUACUGACGGUACUGCGAUGAUGCUCUCAGAGGGGCCUGAUACCAUCAUGGAUUUAGCUGGCACUUUUGAGAUUAAUCCUCUGCAGCUCUACUUCCUGGAUUGGCAGGGUAAUAUGGGAUAUUCUCAUGGGUCUCAGAGUUUCUUUUACAAAAAUCCAAACGUGCCUUAUCUGUUAUGAGACACAGACAGAAGAACACAUACUUGUUAGUCUACAUGGCCCACCUUGACCUUUUUUCUCAGCUCUUCUUCACAGUUUUGUGGAUAACACUCAGAGUUCAGCUGUACUUGAAAAAGUAGUUAGGGAUUUUGCUGGCAGAAGAAGUAGUUUUUUGUGGAUCCACCAAAGCAACUAUACAUGGACAAUCUGACAAAGAGAUUCAGGACCUAUUCUUCCAUCACUCCAGGAAUAUAGUGAAGAUUAUAUUCCUCACAAAAAGGAACUUGGAUACAUUUUUGUGCAACCAUUAUUACGUCCUUGCUUCGAUGUGGCUAUACAGCAGUAUUUUAUUAUACGUUGAGGAGUCUGGGCUGAAACAUGCUGUCUAGCUGCAUUUCAUAGGUAAAAUCUGUUUUGUAUGAUGGUUGUAGCAAAACUGUAAUAUGGAAAAUACAAGGGGGAUAUACUCUAUGCAAUGCAUGUUUAGUUUUUUCAAAUCAGAUUUUAUGUACCAUAACGGCUCAGUUGAAAGCCAGUACACUUGGGAGAUGAAAACAAGCUUUUUGAAUAAUGUUUUUUAUAUGAAGCAUGACACUAAAGAUUUGCUGUGAUUCCUUAAAUGCAUUCAAAUUCAGCUAGUUGAUAUUGAUAAGUGCCUUAUUUUAUAACUUACAAGUUUGAUGUUUUUGAACAUAUAUGUGUUGACAUUUAAGAAAGUGCUAUACACCCGACCAAAUGAUGGGAUUCACUUUGUGAACUUUUUGAAUCAGUGUCUGUUUGAUCUCCAGUGAGAUUCAAUGUGACAGUUUUUGGUCUCGUAUAGCUCGAUCUCCUUUAUUUGUAUAUUUUGCACCUUUCAUAAACACAAUGUUUACGCUGCGCUGCUCUGUUGUUAUGACAGUGGUUGGACUCAUUCUGUUCUGAAAUGUCCUUUUUUUUUAACUACAUAUUAUAUCCUCUCUUAAACGGACUUAAGUAUCACACCUUGAUACCGAUAAAUACGCUAGUCAUCGUAUAGUACGAGCUUUCCACUUUCAUAAUAACACAGUUAGCUGCCACAUUUUUUGGCCAAUCAUGGUACACAGAAUACACUUCAGUGUCUCGUUUAGUUACAAUAUUGGCCUUUUGUGAUGUUGUUUUUUCUAUAUGUAUGUUUUUGUAUGUCUUUUUUGUACAUUUUAUCUAUUUAAAGCAUGUAUCAAUCAAUAAGAAAAUGACUCCUUGUUGAAACGCAGAUAGGAAGUAAUGCCCUUGGAAGGCCACAUUGUUGUGCAAUGGAGGUUUUCAAUCUUAGUCUAUAAGUAUGAAAACAAUUUGAAAGACAUUUUAAAUACACUAGGUCAACCCAGUGUCCUUUUAUUAAAUGGCUUGGACAAAUCAAUUUUAUUAUGUAUUUUACUGAAAUUUAAAUGAUAGUUAGGGGUAAAGGGAAUUUUGUCUUAUAUGAAAAUAUGGUAACCUGCAUUUGCCAUUAUGAGCCAUUUAUUACCAAAGUAUGUAGACAUUGAAGCCUUUGUGGGCUUAUGCACAUUUGUACCCGUUUGUUUGUAGCCUGGGCAUGUUUUUACCGUCUCCUACACAUAUGACUCCAGAUAUAACCAAAGAUAACAUGUUUUGAUAUUUGUGAAAGGGAUUGUUUGUGCCAGGCUUUCAAGGUUCUUGUUUUUGUAUUCAAAUGCAUUCUAUUUUUUAUAUUACAUUAUAUUGUAAUAAACUACAUUUACA